CCGUCUCUUUGCAGCUAACUGAAGGGUUUGUGUACACAGAACCAGUUUUAAUUUUAAAAACAAAGCAACAAACAAAAAAACGACUAUUGGGACUGCGCAACACUGGAAAAUAAUCAAAGAAAAAAGUCUAAACCUAUUGUACUUUUAAAUGGAUCCCUAGUUGAAGUGUGGGUUGACAGAUGGUCCAGAAAUCAGUGCCACAAUGAAUUAAAAUGACAUUGGCUGCUGUUUGGCUUGAUGUUCAGCUGUGUACCAAUUCCCUCAGCAAAACUCACCAUAGGCAAUUGUAUGGGACUAGCAAGAUGAACAAAAAUAAACUGAUUCAUGAUUUCCUGGAAGUUGUUUCAAGCGGUGAUGUAGAACUCAUCUGUGACCAUAUUACUAAAGUCUAUUCCACCCUUGGAAACCUUGACUUUCAGCACCCAAAGACUGGGAAUACACCUCUCAUUACUGCAGCAGAAGAAAACCUAACAGAGGUUGUUAGACUUCUUCUGGAAAAGGGAGCAGAUAUCACCCUUUGCAAUUAUAGCAAUCAAACGGCAGUCCAUGUAGCUAACUGUGAUAUUCAAAGACAACUCUUGGCAGUAAAUGGAGUCAAGGCUCCCCAAAUGCAACUGCUACAAAGUUCGUGGCAAGGUGAUCUGGAACAACUUCAACACUUACUGGCAUCUGGAGAGUUCCUGGAUGUAAAUUUCCCAAACCAACAUGGCUUGACCCCUCUAAUGUUGGCUGUGAGAGACGUGGACCUGUUUGAAAGUCUUGAUAUGUUACCAGUCUACAGACCUGUGGAAGUUCUGUCUGAGCUCCUUAAGCAUCAUGCAGAUCCUAAACUCUGUGAUUUUAGUGGAAGAUCAACAAUACAUUAUGUGUCACAAAUAAAGAGUGUGAGGAAACAGCAGUUACUGGACAUCUUGAUGAAUUCUAUACCAAAACCAGAAAGACAUGCUGAAUCAUUGCUUGACAUUUGUCUUGAUACAAACUCUUCUCCAACUGAUAUGACAGUUACCAAAAAUCAAAACAUAAUCUUGCAAAGCAUCAGCAGUAGCAAGGAGUUUGAACAAGAUGAGGACUGCAGUCAGUCCAUGUUGGCUAGUGAAAAAGAAGAUCCCAAGGAUGAAGGGCAAGAUUGGGCACCCAGGACAGAAGGUGUUGAGAUUAUUAUGACUUUUCCAAGACAUGUCAGUCAUCUGCAAGAAGUGAGCCAAGAUUUGAAAAGAAGCAAUCACAUAACCUCAGUGCAUCCAGAAUGGACACAAGCACAACCUGUUUCUCUCUCAAAUGAAAUUGAGAUGGUGGACUUCAGGGCAAAGAUGCUGACUGUGAGGCCUUUACCACUGAAAAACGAAGAAAGUUCCAAGGAGCUCUGUGAUGUGGAUUUGGGCUUUUUGUUGCCCAGAACUUGCUUAGAACCAUGUAUCUCCAAGUCAGUGACCAGGGAAGAGGCUCCUCAUUUUCUGAAGGGGCAGCAAAGAAAAUCUGAAGAGUUUUCUACAUGUGACAAGAAAUGCAGUAGCCGACAACUUGGGUUACCUCUGCCACUGCUGUCACUCUUACCCAUGAGAUCUGAUGUCCUCACUAUCCCCAAAAGUCACAAGUUUCAAAGGGAGAGAGAAAGAAAUAUUUCAAGCUUCACAUCCUCUAUACCUAAGAUUUCAGUUAGUCCACCACGAGAAGCCUCACUGAAAGGCUCAGGGGAUCAGAAUCUCAGGACUUCCGGUAGCUAUAUUUGGUCAAGAAACAUGUGCUCCUUUUGGAAAGGUAGCCAUCACAGACAAUACCUGGAGGUGGAGGAGAAUUGGAGGUCCAAGGAAACAGAAGUAUCUGAAAUCUCUUGCUUUGAUAAAAGGCAGUCUUUUGUGUCCUUUGAGACUUUUAAGGAAGGCAAUAUUCUUAUAGAUAGGGGAGAGGAUAUUGAAUGUCAUGGUAGUAAUACAAGAAAAGCAGAAGAGAACUCCCAAUAUCUUUUAUCAAGAAAGAAACAAGAUUCAGCAUCCAGAAACUAUGAACAAGAUUCAGAAAUUAUAUGUACCUUUCCAAGCAAGCUCCAAGAAGCCCGACAUUCAGAAACAACUCCAGCUGAGAAUGAAGGGGUCAAAAAUGAUAUCAUUGAUUCAGAAAGCUCUUCAUUGUAUAAAGGUGAAGCCACAGAGCCCAACAUUUUAGAAGAGUUUACUGAAGUUAAAAGCAUGUCAAAUGUAAUCUCUGAUGGCCCCAUUGAAAAGCUUCUAGAAGGUCAUAGAGAUACAGAAACAAACAUGAAACUAUCUGUAGCAGAAGGAAACCAAACAGAAAUGAAUGAGAAGAUGCCCCUUGUUGACAUCACUUUCCCUGGAGAUGGAACCCCCCAGGAACCAGCCAUACUCAAACCAACCCUCCAAAAAAGAAAGAGCACCAUUCAUAACAGUAAUUUCAACAUACUUGCACACCAAGAAAAUGACAAACGUAAGAUGAGUAUCCAUAGAAGUAAAUUGGAUUCAAAGACCAAGACAAGUAACAGGACAUCUCAGAACUUCAUGAUUUCCAUUCAAACUUCCAUUAAGCCAACUAUGCAUAAAACUAGCAUAAAAACUCAAGUUUUCCCUGCUUUGGAGCUUGUUGACCCCAGGCCUCAGCAGUCACCCAGGUUUCAAAGGAAAACACCACAGAUGGAAAAGAAGCAAUCAACUUACCGACAGAAACCUAAAAAGCAAUCAUUUCCUUGCAUCUGUAAAAAUUCAGGAAUAAAAAAGCCAUGUGUUCCUCUCUCUGCUCAACCAACAGAGCCAAGACUACAUUAUUUAGAUCUUAAGUAUAGUGACAUGUUCAAAGAAAUCAAUUCAACCGCUAAUGGGCCUGGAAUAUAUGAAAUGUUUGGGACCCCUGUUUAUUGUCACAUGAGAGAAGCUGAAAGACAUGAAAACAAAUUUUACUGUGAGAUAUAUUCAACUCCAUCAGAUAGAUGUAUAACCAAUAAAUGUCGAUCUUCACAUGGUGAGAGGAGCAGCAACAACAGAACAAGACUUUCUCAAAAAAGACCACAUAUUAAACCCUCAAAGCCUUCAGUUUCUCUUAAACAAAAGCACAAAGGUUUAAUUUCUAAAGAAAAGGGUUGCAAGGCUGUCGGUAGAAACCUACAAGACAUUGAAAAUAGUAAUGGUAUUUCAGAAGCAGGCUGGCAGAUAAAAUCUUCAGGAAACGACUUUCUCUCUCCCAAAGAAGAAGUUCAGCCCAUAAACUUGUCCCAGACUCUUGAGAAGUCCACUGAACAGAACAAAUUCAUUCCUGUUCCGGAUUUAUCCAUUGUUGAAGAAAUCUCCAUGGAAGAGUCUACCAAUGAAGAAGACAUCUCUAACCAUCAAAUACUCACCACGAGCCUUAGAGAUCUGCAAGAACUUGAAGAGCUACAUCAUCAGGCCCCAUUUGUUCCUUUAGAAAACAGCUGGGCCAUGCCCAGUGAGAAGAGUUCUAUUAAAUGUACACUACCAGAAAAGCAACGUAUAACUCUGGAUAAAAUAAAUGCUCGCCAAAUGUUAAUGAAUUAUCUAGAGUUUGAUAAUGUUUUAGAUAAGCCUAAAACACUUGCAAGUUUCUCUUUCCAGGAGAAGCAAGAAAGCACAUCUUCCCAAACAUAUCAAUAUUGGGCACAUUCUUUCGAUCAUGAUAGUUUAACAAAUAAGUCAAUAACAUUUCAGACAUUAGGAAAAACUUUAAAGGAUACAAAUUCAAUUUCCCAAGAAAUUCUGGAUUCAGUAAAGAAUGAAGAAUUAACAGAUGAGCUAUUAGGUUGUCUAGCUGCAGAACUAUUAGCUCUUGAUGAGAAAGAUUACAACUCUUGCCAAAUAAUGGCAAAUAAAACAGAUCCUGAAAACCUAAAUCUUGUCCUAAACAGGAGAGGAAAUACCACAAAAGAAUUGGACAGAGAGAUGACAAAUAUUACAAUACAGAGGUUCAGGAUAUAUGACAGGGAGGAGAAAUUUCUGGCCUCAAAUGAAAGGAGGAUGUUUUCUGAAAAUAGUUUAAAGCAUGAAGAAUCUAUCCUGUGGACCAAGGGUGAGAUCCUUGGGAAGGGAGCCUACGGCACAGUAUAUUGUGGUCUCACUAGCCAAGGACAGCUAAUAGCUGUAAAACAAGUAGCUUUGGAUACCUCUGAUAAGUUGGCUACUGAAAAGGAAUACCGGAAACUACAGGAAGAAGUAGAUUUGCUCAAGGCACUGAAACAUGUCAAUAUUGUGGCCUAUUUGGGGACAUGCUUGGAAGAGAAUAUUGUAAGCAUUUUCAUGGAGUUUGUUCCUGGUGGCUCAAUCUCUAGUAUUAUAAACCGUUUUGGGCCACUGCCUGAGAUGGUAUUUUGUAAAUACACAAAACAAAUUCUGCAAGGUGUUGCCUACCUCCAUGACAACUGUGUGGUACAUCGAGAUAUCAAAGGAAAUAAUGUUAUGCUAAUGCCAACUGGAAUAAUAAAGCUGAUUGAUUUUGGCUGUGCCAAGCGUUUGGCCUGGGCGGGCUUAAAUGGCACUCACAGUGACAUGCUGAAGUCCAUGCAUGGAACUCCGUACUGGAUGGCCCCAGAAGUCAUCAGUGAGUCUGGCUAUGGAAGGAAGUCAGACAUCUGGAGCAUUGGCUGCACUGUGUUUGAGAUGGCCACAGGGAAGCCCCCACUGGCUUCCAUGGGCAGGAUGGCAGCCAUGUUUUACAUUGGAGCACACCGAGGACUGAUGCCUCCUUUACCAGACCACUUCUCAGAAAAUGCAGCAGACUUUGUGCGCAUGUGCCUAACUAGGGACCAGCACGAGCGACCUUCUGCUCUCCAGCUUCUGAAGCACUCCUUCUUGAAGAGAAAUCAGUGAAUACACAAGAUUGCUCCCAGGCCUGCUUGAUGCUGUUACUGCUUACUUGUGGGGAAUGAUGGUUGAGAUUCUUGUUUUUGCACUGGAAAUUCAAUCUUUUAACCAGAUUCUACAGUGUCACUAAAAAUCUUACAUAUUAGCAUCCUCAAGCCUGAGUAUUACCUGUAUGAGAGCAAUAUUUAAAAUGAGAACCCAUUCCAGUGUUUAUAGUUUUGAUU